AUGAAAGAUACUUAUACUUCCAUCGAAUGCGAUUCUUUAAUAUUCGAUAUAGAAUUUCAUCCCAAAGUAGAUAUGAUAUGUGCUGGUAGUUUUGAUGGGAACAUAAUAUUAUAUAAACGAAAAGAGGAUAAAAAAGACUUUAAGAAAAAACAUAUUAUACAGAAUCAUGAUAAAGCUGUUAAAUAUGUUUGUUUUUCCAAAAAAGGAAAAGAAAUACUAGCUGCUUCAUCGGAUAAUUCUUGUUCGAUAACAGACAUAAGCGGUGUAUGUAUAUGGAACAAUAUAUGUCACAAGAAUUCAAUUAGUUCUAUAUUAUAUAGUAGUAAUCAUACUUUCAUAACAGCUGAUGAAGUUGGAUAUGUAAAACAUUGGGAUAUAAGAGAUAAUACAAAGAAGCCUAUACAUAAAAUGAAAUGUUUUAAUGAUAAUAUAACAAGUAUGUUAAUGGAUCAUGAUGAAAAAUCAAUAAUUAUUACAUGUGGUGGUCAAUUAGGUUUUUUCGAUAUUUUAUAUAAAAAAAAUAUUACAUCAAAUAAUAUUUCAAAUGAAUAUAAUGAUGAAUUUUUAUGUUCCAAUCUUAUGGUACAUAAUUCAAAAAUUGUUACUACAACAUUAAAUGGAAAUAUUUCUAUUUUCUCAAAAAACCCAUGGGGUUAUAUGGAAGGAAAGAUUAAAGCUAGUAAAGAUGCUAUUAGUACGUUUGUUAAAUUUGAUGAUUAUCAUAUUUUUUUUGGUACCUCCGAUGGAUUUAUUAAAACUGCUCAAAUAAAACCAAGUAAAUUAGGAGAAACCUUUUCAAAACAUAAUAAUAAAGAAAGUAUCGAAAAAUUGUCUAUUAAUAAAAACAAAAAUCUCUUAGCACAAAUUUCCAACGACUAUUCAAUUAACUUUUAUCAAAUUGAAAUUAAUAAUUCCAUUAUAUCCAAUGCUAUAAAAAAAAAAAAAAAAAAAUCCUUUUUUCAUGACCUCUAA